UUUUCGUUUUCAGAAUUUUUUGCAUGUGUGUUUGAGAAUAUGACGACGAAGACGGGGGAUGUGGGUUCAAGAAGCAAGUUUGCGGUUGACUUUCAAGACCUGUUCACCUACUUGAAGUGUAUGCCGGAGAAAUCACUCCAGAAGCUUUUCGAAUCUCCUGCUGCUUGCCUGUCUGUGUUCAGAGUUUUGCCAUCCUUCGCACAAAUCAUUUUGUGUCAAAUGGUGUUCUUAGAGAAGCCAGUGCCAAGGACUGUGAUAGACUCGUGGGCUGAUAAGAAUCACCAAAAUGAUGUACAAGAAGCUGUUAGUGCGCUGGACACUUUAGGGAUCUGGAAAAACGCUUCAGGGCAUACAAGCGUUCUCGCUUAUGUGAUGAGCUCUAGAUUCCGCGACAAUUUCCGAGUUUGUCUUCUCGGAGGAGGAAAACCGUGGAUAUUACAAGCCAAAUCCGAAAGCGAUCCGAAAAAGACUCGAGACGCUCCAUUCCUCGACAAGUACGCCCAGGAGCGAUGGGACUGCGUCCUCAACUACAUGGCGUCCGAAAGCAGCCGAUCGGGGUCGAAUCAGGUCAUGAGCAAAGGUCAAAAGGAUCUCACGGUCUCUCAAGACACGAAGCUCGUGCUUCGAACCGCCGGUCUCAUGGUUUGCGAUGACGGAAGCGAAGAGCGGAUCACAUCAGCCGGGUUCCAGUUUCUGCUGAUGCCGAGACCCGAGCAAGUUUGGUUCUUCUUGACCCAUUACUUGAGCUUGGUGGAGUCUCGGUAUGCGUGCGAUGUGUCGGUGUGUCUGGGCUUCCUGUGCGAGUUAUCUUUGUCUGACCUGGGUCAGUGCUACAAUAGCGAGAAGUUUGGGAUUGAGUUGCAAACUGUGUUGCAACACCUGCGAGAACUGGGCAUUGUCUACCAACGGAAGGUUCGUCCGGAUGGUGAUGGUGCUUUGGUGAGGAAAGAGGGACUUUUCUAUCCGACUCGUUUGGCGCUUGGUUUAGCGUCCGGGUUGAAGAACUCCAGUGUUUUGUCGUGGCGAGAAGCGGAGGAAGCUGCUCAAGCGGGUUUUUUGAUAGUCGAAACGAAUUACCGAGUAUACGCUUACACAGAGUCAGAACUGCCGAUUUCAUUGCUCGCCAUGUUCACGGAGAUGCUUCACCGAUUUCCGGGGAUGGUGGUUGCAGUACUUACGAGAGAUAGUGUGAGAAUGGCUCUGAAAAUGGGACUCACUGCAGCACAAAUCGUCGAUUUUUUGAAGAUGAAUGCUCAUCCGGAAAUGCGGAGAAGAAUGCUUGCUUCAGGAGGUUCUUCUGUUAUUCCGCCGACAGUCAGCGACCAGAUUCAUUUAUGGGAGAAAGAAAGAGACCGAAUAACUUUAACUGAUGGCGUGGCGUACAAUCAGUUCCUAUCUCUGAGCGAAUACGAAGCUAUGCGAGAUUUCGCCCGGGAAAAAGGAAUAGCUAUCUGGGAAUCGAACCAAAGAAAGACGGUGGUUGUUGCCAAGGAAAAUCAUGAGGAAAUGAAGAGGUUUUGGCGGAAACACUCGCGCCCGUGA